AUGACGGAAAGUUGUCUGACCCUAUUUGUAAAUGCACUUGGGCUUCUUUUAACCUUACUCCAAGCACUUAAUAAGCUACCAGUAAAUCUUACAGUUCUGCAGAUGUGUAGCAUUGGCAAGUCUGUGAAUCUUUUGCGUACUCAUAGAAAUGUUGAAAUACAGAAGAAAGCAAGGAGUUUAGUUGAUACAUGGAAAAAAAGAGUUCAGGUUGAGUUGGAUGCUAAAUACGGUCCAAAUCAGUCUGUUCCCUGGUCUGAUGUUGCUAAAUGUGGAAUCAAGCACUAUAGACCUUCUGAGGUUGCAGUGAAGAGUUCAGCAACACAAUUCUCUGCAACUAAAAUUGGUUUUGUUAAGCUUUUUCAAGGAGGGACUGCAACCAAGUCUGCUUCUGCAAUGCCGGUACCUAUGAAGGCAUCAACAUUGCCUGCUUCAGCCAGAACAAAGGCGCGGAAUGCUACUAUUGUUGGCACCUCUGAUCCUCAAACAAUCACAAGGGAUGAGAAAAUCAACAGUUCUAGUCAAUCCCACAACAAUACUGUCAUGUUCUAGUGAUCAUGCGAAGAUGGGGGAAAUUCCAGUAAAGGAGGAUGCAAGAAGUUCUGCAGCUGGUUCAGGAACUGUGACUAAAAUCUCAGGUAGCUCAUCACGGCACUGGAAAUUCAUUAAUGGUUUGCCGGGGCCAUUGGGGGUUCAAAGGGAAACCGGACCAUGCAACAAUUCUUCUUUGCACAGAAAUUCUGUUCCUGGAAAAGUACCACAGUCCAGUUUAACAUGUGAAAAGGCGGUGGAUGCUCUUAUCGCUGAGGGUAAUGGUAAUAAGUUCAUUGUUAAAAUCCCAAAUCGAGGUUAAGGUCCAGCACAAAGUGUCAGUGGAGGAUUUCUUGAAGAUCAAUUGGUUACAAACAGCAGAGCUUCUUCUCCUGUGCUUUCAGAGAAGCAGGAACAAUUCAAACAUAACAUGAAGGAGAAGAGUGGUACUUACCAGGAAAAUGUUAUGACUGAUGUAAAUAAUGAAUCCUGGCAGAGCAAUGAUGUAAAAGAUCUGCUGACUGGGUCUGAUGAGGGAGAGAGUUCACCCGCAGCUGUUCCUGAUGAAGAAUACUGUAGAACCGGAGAAGAUCUUAAGAAAAUAA